AUGCCACCACCCGCGCCUCCUCUAAGCCGACAAACCACAAUGUCGGGAGGUGGUAUAGAACCAAGCCACCCAAAACCGAAGGGCCAGAAGAGGAAGACAAUGGCUGCCACAGAUUCCGAGAAUUCGGAACCACGCAAGAAACGCAUCAAGACUGAGACAGCUUCGAUGAUGGAACAGGAGAUGCUUAGACCAACAGGCACAGCAGUGGACUCCAUCUAUGAUGCCAUCGUCACAGUCAAGGUUGGCGGAUUGGCACAGAAAGUCGGGAUACAUCGAGGGCUUUUACGUCGGGCUUCGAGGUUUUUCCGGGAGCAGCUCACCGUCGAUGCGACAAUGGAAGAUGGCGUCUCCGCUCAGGUAGUGUUCCUUCUUGAGGAAGACGUACAUGUCUUUCGGAGAUUCAAGGAUUGGCUUUACUCUGGGAGGAUCAUCUCAGAAGCAGAGACCAACAAAGAUUUGACAUGGUCGGACCUUAUCGCCAUCUACGAGUUCGCCGAGCGAAGAGAGGUCCCACAAUUACAGAACACGUGCGUGGACACCGUGAUCAGAAAGAGAAGAGAGGGCGGGCUCUUCCCUGGUCAGGGAGACGUCAACACGCUUUGGAAAGCAUCUGGCCAAGUAUUCCGGCGCCGAAGACUGCUGUUGGACCAAUUCGCGACUUCUUGCAACUUAAAGAACGCCAUCGCCCACAACGGGGGCUAUCAUCCAAAGUUCCCCCGAGUCGUUGACAGUCUAUACGACAACACCAGAACCGAGGCACGUCAUCCCAAAAACACGAUGAACCAGAAGAAAGCCCCAACGCAAGCUGUUGUAGGGGGCAUAAGACGGCGAGAGUCAUUGACAGUCUAUACGACAACACCAGAACCGAGGCACGUCAUCCCAAAAACACGAUGA